AUGUUCAGCUUCUUGGGGAACAAGUCUGGCCCUUCUGAGGUAGCCAAGAGCGUACCACGUGCUCUCCUAUCGUCAGAGGCGGGCCAUCUUCUCACAGAGAUGGAUUCUUACAACCCACCGAUUCUUACAACCCACCGCUCUCGAUUUUCACAACCGGGAGACUUUGUCCGUUAUGAGGUCGCAGGGUUUCCAUUCUUUCUAUGCCUUGACCGCCAAGGAGUUCUGAAUGGUUUCCAUAAUAUAUGCCGUCAUGGAGCGUUCCCCGUCGUGACAAAGUCAGAGGGCACUGCCAGUGUUUUAUCUUGCAAAUAUCAUGGCUGGUCGUAUGGUUUGUCUGGGAAACUUGCCAAGGCGCCCUGUUUUGAGACAAUGCCAGACUUCGACAAGGAAGGCAACUCACUAUUCAAGAUUCACGUUCAUGUUGACUCUCGCGGGUUUGUCUGGGUGAAUCUUGAUGCUGAGGAUAAACCAUCCGUCCCUUGGGCCCAAGAUUUCGAUGGAACAGACAGACAGCCAAGGCUGGAUAUAUUCAAUAUGGACGAUUUCAAAUUCGAUCACGCAUGGGACAUGAAGGGCGACUACAACUGGAAGACGCUGAUAGACAAUUAUAACGAGUGCUACUACUGCAGUGUCGUGUAUCCUGGUAUUGCGGUAAUGACUGACCUUAAGAUAUAUAAUGUCGAGAUGUAUGAAGUAUACUGUUAUAAGGAUGCUACAGAUGAGGAGUUUGAGGAUGUAGAUAAGUUUUUUAAACAGGUAGAGUCUGAGGAUAAGGUACUCUGUAAUGUGGUGCAAAAGAACCUCAACAGUGGGAUGUAUAUUACCGGCGAUCUGUAUUCUUUUAAUGAGAAGGGUGUGUUGUAUUUCCAGCAGUAUCUGAAGAAAAUACUUAUUGCCUAUCAUGAAAAAGAGGAGCGGGAAGGUGUUAUUCGCAAUGGGUUGGAUGAAGAGGUUAAUUUUUGUGAGGGACUUUCUUGUGGCGUAGAUGGGAAGAAGAUUGAAUGGUAG